CAAUGCCUUAUUGUUGUGAUAUAUGUUCUUUGUUGUUCUUUGCUGUUUUUAGCCAUGAGUGAGAUUAACAUAUAUUUAUAGAUUUCUAUGUACUAUUUCAGAAUUUACAUUACAUUACAUGUCAUUUAGCUGAUGCUUUUAUCCAAAGCGACAAUAGAGGGUUAGGCUUAGGUUUGGAAUGAUUUUUUCAUUUGCUAAGAUAGUAUUUAUAUUGUAUUAAGUAAUUAGCCCUAUGUUUUUAUUCUCUGUACGAUCUCAUAUGUUACCCUUAAUUCAGUAAAAAUCUACUUAAUUUUACAACGAGGAGGUUGUAUGUGUUGUGGGUGUCUCUGAAGAAAUUGUGCAGCAGCAGCGGAGAGAAGAUAGUUAUUAUUAUUAUUAUUGUUAUUAUUAUUAUUAUUAUUAUGAUGUUAUUCAGCAAUUUAAGCAAGGAUGAUUUCUCCAUCCCGGAGACUUUCUAACAUGUCGUUUCAUCUUCUGGUCCAGCAGGUGGCGGUGACGCAUUAGCAACCCACACAUCCGGGUGUCGUAAAAUGGACUAAAGUUAAAUUAUAAAUUUAAGUUAUAUAUAUAUAUAUAUAUCAAUUAUAAUAACACACAUUUUCAGCAAAGGUUUUGUGGCAUUAAUCUACAAUCAUUAAUUACAUAGCGAGUGUAUAAACAUAUUUCAGAUGUAUUAAAUCUACGGUGGAACCGGUUGCCUAGCGACCGGUGGAAGUGUGUUGUCGGCUAGCGGCUAGCAGCUGGCUAGGCUGUCCGCUAAAACAUAUUUCAUAUGACUCGUAAAACAGCGUUUAAAUGCCGCUAAAAAGACGAGGGCCGUUGCAGCUCGUCCAGAGAGAAGUGGACGAACUCGAGAAGCAGGUCGACAGGCUGCUGCAGGACGUGCAGAGCCGGGCGGGAACCACCGACGAAGCGUUUCGGAGAUGUCAAGAAAUGCAGAUGUUGGCAGAGAAGACACAAAGGACCCUGAUGAAGCUGACUAAGGCGGACGAGCCGGCUCUGGGGAACUACGAGCGGAGGAAGCAGGAGGAGGAGACCCGGCUGCAGAGCAUCCUGAAGCGCGUGGACGGCCUCUCUCUGUAGCUCUCACCACCGGGAGCCAGCUCUGCUGCAGACGAUGAAUCACAGGAAGAUGAAGAAGACGAGGACGAAGACGAGGACGAGGACGAGGACAAAGACAGUAGCGACGAUGACGAUGAUGAGGAUGAGAAGCGGGCUGCAAAGCCUCCCUCUCCGUCAGAGCCUCUCAUCUACUCCGCCCUCAGCGACUUCACGGGAGAACAGGAAGGAGACCUGUCGGUUCAGAGAGGGGGGGUGCUGAGGAUCAUCAGAAAGACGGCAGACGGGUGGUGGCUAGCUCAGGAUGCUAACGGCAACCAAGGAGUCGUCCCCAAAACGUACCUGAAGAUCGGCUCCGGGGUGAAUGAUGAUGAUGAUGAGGAGGAAGAGGAGGAAGAGGAGGAGGAGGAGGAAGAGGAGGAGGACGAAGAAGAACUGAGCGCUGACGGGGAGAAACAAAGUUCUCCACAUUCCAACUGGAGCAGCGUGAGAAGAGCGCUGACGGAGAUUGAUGCAACAGACGUGCUCUCUGCCAUGGGGGCCAUACCCUCCGGAUUCAGACCGUCGUCGCUCACCAAGCUGCUGGUGGAGGAAGGUGUAACACACAGAGGGAGUCACUACGUCCAGCCCGAGCUCAGCCAAUCACAGCUCUCCUUUAGCGACCUCUUCUUGGAUCCGGACACCGGCAGGGUUCGAGCUCGGCAGGUGAGGACGUGUGUCUGCUUCAGUCUGGAGGGCUGCACGAGGAUUCCUUCUCCCGGGGUCGGAGUUCACGUCCUCAGCAGACACGUCCGCCUCUGCGCCUUCGACGGGUCUCAGGUGUUGAGUAACAUCCACACAGUGAGGGCGACCUACAACCCCAAGAACCCCAAGACCUGGAGCUUCUCUCCACGAAUGUCGGGCCUCUUGCCGGCCCUCCUGGACGGAGACUGUUUCCUCCGCUGCAACUCCCCGUCUCCCGACCUC